AUGUCCACAAUUGUAAAUGAUCUUUCGUUCUUAGUGAACAAUUACUCCUCGUAUGUCAAUUUAAAUUGUGAAAUCAAGUAUGCUUUAGCCACAAUUGCAUUCAAUCCAAUUUUUUGGAAUAUCAUUGCUAGGUUAGAAUACAAGACACAUCUCUUGACUAAGUUGACGGGCAGUGCGAAGACGGGGUGCUAUCUAUUGGCAUUAACUAUCUUCAGCUUAGGUAUUUACCGAGACCAUAUCUAUCAUGAGGCAUUGAGCAAACAGCCAACUUAUGGACCUUUUGAACAAUCUUUAUUGGUUAAAGUUUUGGCGGCGUUGAUUUUCGGAUUCGGCAAUGUUUUGGUUUUAACUUCAAUGUAUUCUUUAGGAAUCACUGGUACUUACUUAGGUGAUUAUUUUGGCAUACUCAUGGAUGAAAGAGUAACUGGGUUUCCCUUCAAUAUUAAUGACAAUCCAAUGUACAAUGGUUCGACAUUAUGUUUCCUAGGUACUGCAUUAUGGUAUGCAAAACCUACUGGGAUAUUGAUUGCAGGUUUUGUUUUUAUAAUGUACCGUAUUGGAUUGUUCUUUGAAGAACCUUUUACUGCUAAAAUAUAUGCUAAAAGAGAGGCUGAUAGAGCUAAAAAAGACUAA